AAUGAGCUUUGGAGUAAGAGCUGAAAUGAACAAGCACUCGCUGCACACAUGAGAUUGUUUUGCUAUAAAUGUGCUGAAAACUGAGAGGAGAACUGUUCUGAAGCCAUCAUGGCCGACAAUAAGCUCCGUCUUCUGAUGCUUUUGAUCGUCGCCGUGUCCAAAGCUCAGGAUGAAGGAGCGCCAUGCCUGAUGGCCAAAAGAUACAAGCCCUUCAACAAGUAUGAAUACUUCUAUGAGACCGAGUCCUUGAAUGCUUUGAAUGGGGAAGUCAAUGGCCCCAAGGCCAGCUGCAAGGUUGAGAUCACGGUUCCUGAUACAUGCAGCUACAUUGUGCGCACCGCCGACUGCACGCUGAGUGAAGUGAUAGACGUCGAUGCGGAUGGAAACCCAGUGUUUGGAGCAGCUGCUGGUGCGGAGGACUUCAAAACCGCCAUGGAGAGACAUCCUCUGAAGUUCACCGUUGAGGGAGACGAUGACAUCAAGCUUUUCCCUGAGGAGGAUGAGCGGAUAAACAUCCUCAACAUCAAGAGGGGAAUCAUCUCUGCUCUUGCUGUCCCGGUGCUUGAGGAGGACAGGAACAAAGACAUGCCCACCAUCUAUGGUCUGUGUAAGACUGACUAUGUCGUGAACACCAGAGAGGAUGUCGCCACCGAAGUCACUCUUACAAGAGACUUGUCCGGUUGUGACAAGUUCAGGCCAGUCGAUGACCACACCAGUCCCCUCGCCCUCAUCACCGGCAUGAAAUAUCCUCUUGCUCAGCUGAUCAAAAGCAAACAGACCUGCAACUACAAGUUUAAUAAUGAGCAGCAUCACAUGACCUCUGGAACUUGCACCGAAAAACAUGUUCUUGCGCUCUUUUCACACAAGAGAGAAUAUGGAGUAAUCAAUACUGGCAAACAGGCUUUGACCCUUCUGGGAGUUUCUAACUAUAAUGACCAAGUCUUUGAACACAAUGUGGCCAACAUGAAACCCCUCCAUCCAGACAGCAGUGUUGACAUGAGCCCCAUCCAGGAUAAAGAAUCCGCUCUUGUUGUUCUGAGGGAAAUUGCUGACCUCUCCAAGACCAAUGAUGGACGUAAGAGAGCCCACUUGGCCCACAAGCUCGUAGCCGUGAUCCGCAAGAUGGAAGCUGAAACCUUGACAGCCGUUGUUCCCGAGGCAUUAGAAAUCUCUCAGUCUUUGACGUACCAGGCUUUGCUACAGUGCGGUACACCAGAAUGCGUCAGUGCUAUCAUGCAGUUAUUCAGGACCUUUGACACAUCUUCAUUUGAGAUUGACGCUGCUGUAUAUGCCAUGGGAAUGAUACCCCGGUCCUCCCGCGUACUUGUAAAGGAAAUGUUGCCGAUGGCAAAGUUGAAGCCAAGCAAACCCAUCUACUAUGCUCUCAGCAAUGCUGUGAGGAGGCUCUUUGAGACGGAUGGAGUCACCAGUGAGAUCCAGGCAGUGGCUGAUUACGCCCUUGAACAGAUCGGUGAUUGUACGGGUGACCAGGAACACGUCUUUCUUUCUCUGAGGGUCAUUGGCAACAUGGUGGCUGCACUGGGAGCUGCGCGCCCUGCUUUGCAGUCUUCUGUUAUUCAAUGCAUCAAGCAGCCGGCUGCCUCCCCUGCAGUCCAACAGGCCGCUGUCCAGGUCUACAGACAGAUUCCUGUUCCUGAAGAGGGCCGAGAGGUGCUCUUGCAUGCUGUUCUGGACAGAGCUGCGUCCAUACAGAAGCGUGUAGCCGCAUAUCUCAUCUUGAUGAAGAACCCCACGCCUGCUGAACUCGCUCAACUAGCAGCGGCUCUCCACGUUGAGGAAAAUCCUCAGGUCAAGAGCUUCAUCAUCUCUCACAUCAGCAACAUCUUGACCUCGACAGCACCAGAGGUCCUGGACUUGAGACAGAAGAUUCAAGAGGCCUUUCAAGGCAAUGAAAUUGAAAUGCUCAUUGAAUCCACCAAAUUCUCUCGGUACUACAGACUUGGAUCUUUAGAGGGAAAUAUGAUUUUUGAAUCUCCUAAUGAACUUCCAAGGGAGGUCAUGCUGGAGAUGACCUUGAAUGCUUUUGGGUUUGAUAUGGACUUGAUUGAGAUUGGCAUGGAGGGAAAGGGCUUCGAGCCCAUUGUGGAGGCCAUCUUUGGUGAAGAUGGAUUCUUCCCAGAUACUAUCAUGAAGGCUACUUUAUACGCUACUGACAAGAUGCCCGCCCAACUCAAUGAGGUCUUGGACAACAUGCUGCCGAUCAUGAGAAACGAUAGGAAGAAGAGACAGGCUUCUCAAAACAUAGUCAAUGAAAUCAGUCAUAAUGUCAACAAGCUUAUGGAGGAUUUAAAGGCCCAGGAUGCUCCUGAAGCGAUGGUGUACCUCAAGCUCCUGGGUGCUGAACUUGGGUAUCUCGAUACAAAAGAUGGCAAGAUGAUUCACAAUCUCCUUAAGAUGAUCCCCACUGAUUUCCUCAAAAGACUGCUCUCAAGUGUCGACAACGAGCUUUUCCUUCACUACAUCUUCAUGGAUAAUGAGUUUUAUCUGCCCACCAGCGCUGGCUUUCCACUGAGAGUUGCUCUGUCUGGUACAUUUACUCCUGGAGUCAAAGGAGGAUUGAGCUUUAAUCCAGGCAUGAGGGAAUUUGCUUUGACGCUGUCUGCUGGCAUUGAGUUUGUGACUGAGAUUGGGACUCACUUCCCCGACUAUGUUCACUGUGGUCUGGAGAUGCAUACGAACAUUUAUCAUGAGAGCGGCAUCAGAGCGAAGCUCUCUGUGGCCGACGGCCAGCUCAAGCUCUCCAUUCCAGCUCCUCGUGGGCCAACUGAGCUCAUCAGCGUCACCAAUUCUCUGGUGUCUGUUGUUGGUGCCAAGACUAAGUCCAUUCCUGCCAAGGGCGAAUAUAUUAAUAUGAAUAAAUGCACUGCUUUUUUCCCUGGACUGAAGUACUGCACAGCCCUGAAGUAUCCUGAUGCAAGGUCAAACGAUGCUGCCCCUUACUUUCCUCUCACUGGUGACAGCAAAUUUGCUGUUGAGCUCCAUCCAUCUGAAGACGUCACAGAGUAUGUUGCCACCAUCAGCUACGCCUAUGAGGACGAGGCAGACAAAGUCACGUUUAGCGUGAAGGCUGAAGGAACAUCCUUUGAGGCAAGAAGUUUAGUGAUAUUAAACAGACAGCAGUACAGUUUCUCUGCAGAGUUGCUUAUCGAUUCUCUUCAGCUUGAUUCUAAAGUUUCUGCAAAACUGAAGCAUGCUGAGGAGCUGACUUUGGAAAUUGAGAGUGACCUAAAACUCCCAGAGACGACUUCUGUUCAAACACUCAUCCUGAAAUAUGAGAGUGAGAAGAUUGAGGCUGAAUUUAAGUCUGAUGUCAGAUCUGAGAUUCAAAGAAUCAUUCCCAACAUCAGUGCUAUUGAAACAUUUGUCAGUAGUCUUCUUGAUCACCAGAUUGGCCUGAAUGAGAUGAAGGUCCGUGAUGUUCUGGCAAAGACAGCUGUGAUUUUGGGAGUUCAUGCCGUGCCUGUGAUCACUCUUCCAGAAAGACUCUUCUUGAAUGUAGAGGCUGCUGCUAAGUAUCACUUUGGCCAGGAUACCAUCUUUACCAUCACUCUUCCCUUGCCCUUGGGUGGAAAAUCCUCUAGAGAUCUGAACUUUCCCACAACCCUCUCAACACCAAACCUGAUUGUACCUCAUCUUGGUCUGGAAUUUGAAUCUACUAGCAUUAAUAUUCCAGAGUUCUCCAUUCCCUGGGAUGUCUUGCUGUCUGUGCCGACUCUCGAAUUGGUAGAGAUGUCUGGAAAACUAAACAGCAACUUCUACAACUUAGAAGCAGCUGUGUCUGCUGCCAGAGAUCCUGCUGCAAGUUAUUCUGCAACGUUCGAAGUCACUGGCACAAGUCCUCUUGAGCUCCUCUCCCUAAAGGUCGAAGGAUCUGCUCUAGUUGAGGCCACACCUGGCGAUUCUCUCAAGGCUAACGUAAAGACCACACUUCACCACAAUAUUAUCAGUGCCACCAUAAGCGUUGAGGAGGAAGUGGAGUUUGCUGAAAAACUCAGUGUAAAAUCCAAAAGCAAGUUUGAAGUAACUAGCCGUGUUGGAGUGCAAGUUUCGCUGGAACACACUGGACAGUUUGGAGUUGAUGCUGAGGAGAUCUCUGGAGAUGGAAACCUUCAAGGAUCCUUCAAGGCUGGUUCGAUCCAUGGUUCAUGCAACCUUAUCCAGUCAGCCUCAGUCCUCCCAUUCAGAGCAGAGGCAAAGAUUAAAUCUUCAUUGAAAGUAGAUUCAACACUUCUUCAAGCUCAGAACUCCUUUGCUGUAGCCUUUGCCAAUGGAGAACUGAUAAUUCAUUCCAACAACACGGCAUUUGACAACCUUCUAACAUUGCAAAACAUUGCUAAAAUCACCUUCAAGGAAUCAGAGCUUGUUCUAAAUUCUCAUACAGAAGCACGGGUUCUUGGCCUGAAGAUCCAAAACGUGGCUGAGACCAGAGCUGGCAUUGAAGCAGUCAGCGUUAAGAUUGAGACCUCCACUCACAGCUCUGCAGAGCAAGUCCAUUGCCUUUUCAGAGGAGCACUGGACAUCGAUGGUCUAGCUAUUCACAAUGAUGCCUCUGUUAAACUCAUGGGACACAAAGCUCUCCACAAAGCCAUUCUGAAGCUCAAUAAAGAUGGCCUGACCACCAGUGGCACAACCUUACUGCAGAGCCUCUUGAGUCUGGAGGAGCUUCAGCACACCUUUGAGAUCACCUACAAAAAUGAAACUGCCACUGCUCAGAGCAAAACCAUUGGAAAUCUCAUGGGAAGUCUCAUUAACCACAACACUGAACUGGAGAUUGCUGGACUUUCUGGCACAAUCAAAAAUCAUAUAAGUUUCAACUCAAUAUUAUUCGAUUUUGACACCAACACUCAUGGUACAACUAUUCCAUUCAGAGUCAAUUUUGAUGCCACUGUUAAUGGUAAAGGUAAAAGAUAUCUGUUUGGAUACGCAAAUCAUGAGUUUAUCGCAAAAGUCCUUCUGAAAGCAGAACCACAAUCCAUUGCUCACUCUCAUGAAUGCAAGAUCUCAUCCCUCCUUGAUCUAGAGAAUGGUGUCGUCAUUAAAUCACAAUAUGAAAGCAUGUCUGACACUCUUCUGAUACCCUCUGAACAAAAGACUAAAGUGACGGUUAAGGCUAAAGUGAACGACUAUGUCAUUGAACAGGAAAUCAGCGCUUACAAUACUCCAGUGCGGCUUGGGCUGGAAGGGUCUGGAAAAAUGCACACCAAUCUGUUCAACACUGCCAAUACUGAUUAUCAGGACUUUGCAGUCUCUGGCUUCCUAAAGUAUGAUAAAAACACUGAUACACAAUCAAUUAGCUUGCCUUUCAUUGAAAGUUUUUCUCUAGUCCCUGACAACAUUAGAUUAACACUUGUGAGCAUGGGCGAGACCCUGAGGAAUUACAUCAACCGAGAAGGGAUUGCUUCGAAAAUUCAGAGCUUACCUCAGCAUGUUAGUGACUUUGUGUCUAAUCUGAACAUUGAGAAAAGAGUUGUGCAGCUGAAACAUGCCUUGAAAGCUCUGUACCAAGAGUAUGCAUUAAAGUUGAAAGGUCUGAUCGGUGCGUUUGAGAAACUAGUGAGUGAUGUGGGCAACCGUUUCAGUGAGGCAUUGGAUAAUUUGGAGAAAUUGGUUUUGAUGGGUAUGCAGAUUGACAAAGUUGUUGAAAUGCUACCAAAGCACAUCAAGGAUUUGAUAUUUUCCAUCAUUGAGGAUGUGAAAAACACUCUUAGCUCAAUUAACACCCAAAGUUACACAAAGCUGAAUGAGAUCUUCCGUCCUGCCAGUGCUGAGCACAAGCUUGACAGUCAGAUUCCUGCAAUUUCGACAUCUCUUCUAGUGCCAUCUUUUGGAAAACUCUAUGGUCAAGUCAGAAUCAGCAGCCCUGUCUACAACAUCAAAACAUCUGCGGAGUUCAAUAAUGCCUCGGAGAGAUACCCUUUGUUCACAGCUUUUAUUAAGACUAAAGGAAGUUCUGCAAACCUUAAGGCUCUGAAUUACAAUCUAGAAUCCACAGCGCAGAUAUCGAUCCCUGAGAUGAGUCCUGUAAUAGUGUCUGAAACUUUCAAGUUAACAAACAUUGAAUUGGCUUUAGAUCAACAGGCAUUGUUGACUCUGAAUGGAUCUGCCUCUAACGAUACUUUCUUUCUUGAAACUUCAUACAAGUACCAGGUGAACAUCCCCUCGCACUCACUGUCUGGUGAAGUCAGCCUUAUUCAGAAGGCUGUAUCUUGCCAGGAUGAUGAUACAAUCACACUGACAGUUAAAAAUGAAGGAACCGGCAAAUUUGCUCUUCAAGACUUCUCUGCGGAAGGCACCCAUGAGAGUGACCUGCAUUUUAACAUGGGCCUUGGAGCUUCCAAGUUAUCUUUUACUGGCCACACUUAUAGCGAAGAUUUGAAGAUGAAGAUGAAAAUGAAGGUCAAUGCUGAUGCUAUUGGUCUAAGCCACCUUGAAUUCAGUGCUCGUGUUGAAACGGAGUCUCCAUUUAUCAAGAACAGUUUGCUGGUUGCUUCUGGAAAGGCUCGCUUGGGCGAUAUGAAGGUGGAAAUCAAGACAACCCAUGUCACUUCGGUUGUCGGAGCUGUCAGCGGUAUCUUCUCUAAUGCUGCCAACAUCAUGACUUGUCCUAGUGAGGUUGCUAUUGACUUUCAGAACAGGGGUAUUGCCAAGAUCAACCUCUUUGAGUCUUUUUUAGCCAAUGUUGAUCUCCAGAAAGACUAUGCUGUUACCUUCAACUCUGACAUACAAGAAAUCAGCAGUGUGGCAGUCGCCCACAUAAACCAUUACAACUACAGCCAUAACUUCACAGCCAGCAAUAACAAAGCUGAGAUGGGUGUUUACGCUGUUGUGAAUAGCGUGGCCAGCUUUGGGUACUUAAAUGCUGUAGAAUUGUUUGGGCCAGCCAUUUUCAAGAUUGCAGCAAUCAGAGAGCUGAACUUGAAUGAUAAUACUGACCUAUGGUAUGACUUUACCACAAGUGACCAGCCCAUUGAUCUAAAUGCCAAACUUGUCUACCAGAAGAGCUGGUUUGCUCCUAUUAUUGAUUUAGGUCUCGUUGUACCUUCAUUGGGUAACCUGGUCUCUGAGGUGUCUUUCAAGUCCUCUAUUCUUAACCUCAAUGCUAACGCGGGUAUUUAUCCGAAGGAUUACCUGAUACGUGUUAGUGCCACAACUGCCUCUGUGUUUCAGGGAUUGAAGGCCAGGCUUGAUGGAACCACUAGAAUGACUGGACUAAAACUGGUCUCUUCUUUGUCUUUGGAGAAUGCCCACAUUGAGGGUAAUCAUGAGAGUACCUUGACUCUGGAAGACAACUAUGAGGCUGUAUUGUCUACCAACACAGUUGCUAAGAUUAAUCUGACAAGCUUCGCUGUUGAUGCCACUCAUCAACUUUCUGCUGACACCAAGGCCCAUCCAAAGGCAGCAUCAAACUUAAAGAUCAAGUACACCUUUGAUCGUCCAGAUUCAGUGGCUGCUGGACAUGGAGAUGCUGAGAAUACCUUAAAGCUGGAUGCAACUCUUUCCUUCAUCUCCAUUGAGUCUGCAACCCAUCUAACCACAGAUUCUACAUUCUCUGAUACCAAGAAACUUAAGGGAAAUAUGGAUAAUGAAGCUAACAUCUGUGUGAAAGCUGAUGGUCUGAAAUCCAGUCUGAAGACUACUGGAAAUGGGUACAUUGAUUUUAAACAUUACAUGUUGGGGUUUGACAUUAAUGACCAGCUGACCUUGGAGGGAGAUCUUGACCGUAUGUAUUCUUUGCUAGAAAUUGAUUCAAACUAUACAUUCAUAUAUGAUAGAUAUUAUGAAUUUACAAUAAACCACACUGCUCUUGGUAAAGCUGAAUUUGUUCCCAUGAGCACCCUCAUGGCUGCUGUAGACAUGGUUUUGACGCAGCCAAGUUUUGAUGAUUUUGAUGUAAGAGAUACAAAUACUUAUGAAAAGAAUAGUUCUGUAUACGAAACAAAGGUUUUCUCCCGUUGGUACAAUUCAAGUACAGAAAUAUCAAUUGAGGAUUUUAGUCAUUUUCCUGUCUCAAAUGUUGUGUUUGGUUGCUCUCACAAUCUCACCUCUCCAUCUACGCUUCUGGAGUAUCAGGGUGACUUAAGUGUAAUUUACAUAAACAAAAAUUAACAUUAGUUUUUGUUGAAUACGCACUGACUGGACGAAAUAUUUAAUCAAGGUAUUGAUUUCAGCUAAUCACUGGGUUUAUUUACUGAAUGCUUUCUCACCCCAGGCCUCAUAAUCACUGACAAUAACUUCCAAAGUCAUUCUCAAGCAUGUUUGUCAUCCUUAGUGACUGAAACCCCAAAAUAUUACUUGUCCCAUUCAAACACUAAGUACAAUAAAUGGAUCGUUUUACUAUA